AUGGACCUUAACAUCAGCUGGCGUGUGUUAGUUGGGGCUCUGGUCACUUACUAUGGGACUCUUGUCUUCUACCGUCUGUUUCUUCAUCCUCUGGCUCAUUUUCCUGGCCCCAGGCUGGCAGCUAUCUCACGCUGGUAUGAGGCCUUCUAUGACGUUGUUCUAGGUGGCCAAUACACUUCGAAGAUAGCAGAAUUGCACAAGAUAUAUGGUAUUAAACGUUUUUAUCCUAAUAUACGCUGGGCUCCAACUAACAUUAAGCCAUUAACAGGGCCCAUUAUCCGCAUCAGCCCCUCGCCGUCGUGCGAUUGCACCGUUUUCUCAAAGUCCAAUGUUGUUGCUCGCCAGGACCUGCUUCGCCGGAAUAUUGAUAAGCUCUGCCAGCGUAUCUCUAAACUCAAUGGAACUGCCUUUAACUUAGGCGCUGCCAUUAGCGCAGUGGCCCGAGAUAAUGCCAAUGAAUUCAUUGUUGGCAAGGCAUAUAAUGAACUGGAUCUAGAGGAUUUUGGUAUUGGAUUGUCCAUUUCAUCCCAGGGUGCCGGGACGUUCUGGCGUACAACAAAGCAUGUACGCUGGUUUGGGCCUGCGAUGAGGGCAAUGCCCAUUCACUGGGCCGAGAAGGUGGCAGAUGAACACACAAAAUCGUUCCUUCGUUAUCUCCAGCAAUCUGAGCGAGAUACACGAGAUACUUUGGCCGCUGUGGCGUCUUCCUCUCCAGGGCAUAAUGUCAACAAUACCAUGAUAUAUACGAUUGUCCACUCUGACCUCCCACCGGCAGAUAAAACCUUUGAUCGUAUUUUCGAGGAGUUAGCCACUGUAACUGGUGCAGGAUUUGAAACUACCUCUAACACCCUCAGACUGAUUCUCUACCAUCUUUAUACUAAUAACACCAUUCUUGAGCGGCUACGAGAAGAAAUCACCAUAGCAUCUGACGGGUCUGGGCCAAUCCCGCUAAAGAAACUAGAGCAACUACCAUACCUCACAGCUAUCCUACAGGAAGGCUUACGCCUAAGCCCAGGUGUCUCCACCCGUGCGGCACGUAUCACAGAUAAGGAUCUCUUUUACAUGAGCUGGCGUAUUCCUACUGGGACACCAGUCGGAAUGACUACAAUAUUAAUGCAUACUGACGAGAAAUUGUAUCCCGACCCAAUGCGCUUCAAUCCGGAUCGAUGGAUGAACUCCGCUACCAAGGGAACGAUCACCUCGACGUUUGCCCCCUUCUCGCGAGGAACUAGAAUGUGCAUCGGCAUGCACCUUGCUUGGGCCGAGAUGUACCUGCUCCUCGCUUACCUAGUCAAAGAAUUCGACUUCACGAUCAUGAAUGCCACGGCUGGCGAUUUUGAGCUAGAGAAGGAUAAUUUUGGAAUUGGCACAAAGGCUUCAUGCAACUUAAUGGCUCAUGUUACACUCCGUGAGGGUUAA